AUGCUCAAGACUCAGCAUCAGCGACACGCAAUAGCAAAUCCAGGCAUCAUGGCGGCAUCUUGGAAACUCGAAGUCGAGAUCAAUCACAUGCUUUCUGCACGUGCUUUCCGCAUUCAACGUUCUCGUACCUCCUCCGUAGUCUUGACGUUUCAGGUCAACCAGGGUAGAGGAGCCACCGUCAAAACAUCGGCAUCAUCUUUGCAGGCGAACGAUGCCGGCACCAGACCUGCCAAAAGCAGUCGUCGGAAGUCCGCGGUCCUAACCAUGCAAGACACAAAACAGCCUUACGAUCCCUACCAGGCCGGAGCUGUAUCAAUGCGUUGCGUUGCGGUGACCGUUCAAGGAGAGCUUGAAAUCUUGUAUGGAACCUGUUGGGCCUGCCCCGUCAUGGUCCGACAUCACUGGUCAAUUGCUGAUGGGGACGUUUCAGCUACCGGUGAAGUCAAAUGCGCAGCACCAUAUAUUGGUAAUGUUGCUCGGAAUGUAUUGCUGUAUGCUGGCAAUGCGCAACCAGCCAGCGCAAUCACGACGGAAACGGGAAUCGCGGGGAGAGACGGGCAGGAUGCGACAUCGAUGACCAACACACAUGAUAGCAAGUUUGAUCGUAUGUGCACUAGUGGACGGGACACAACCGCGGCGCGAGACUCGCCUGAAUGGGCCCGAUGCCGAUGCCAGCGGGUGCUUGAUUUUGACAGGCCGGUAACACUCGCACUGAUGACUCAAAAGAGCAUCGAACCUGUCAUGUUUUCCUGGUUGGGCGCUACCAACGUGGUCUGA